UCCAAGGCCAAGGGGCGGGCUUGACUCUCGGCGGAAACGAGAGAGGCUAGACCCAGGCCCAAGCGGAGCUCUCUGGGACUGCUGGGGACUAGCAGGUUGGAGGGGGCCCUGGGUUGCUGGGUGCGGGCUCGGGAGUCGCACAGCCGAGGCGACAUGGUCGCUAGUUUGACACCUCGUCCCGCGCUCGGUCAGGAUGGGCAGCAGCUCGCUGUCAGAGGACUAUCGCCUGUGCCUGGAGCGCGAGCUGCGGCGGGGCCGCGCGGGCGUCUGCGGCGACCCCUCGCUGCGCGCGGUGCUCUGGCAGAUUCUGGUGGAGGACUUUGACCUGCACGGGGCGCUACAGGACGACGCGCUGGCGCUGUUCACUGACGGCCUGUGGGGCCGUGCUGACCUGGCGCCUGCCCUACACGAUCUGGCCCGUGCCUUCGAACUCCUGGAGCUAGCCGCUGUGCACCUGUACCUGCUGCCCUGGAGAAAGGAGUUCACCACCAUUAAGACCUUCUCAGGGGGCUAUGUGCAUGUGCUGAAGGGCGUACUCUCUGAGGAGCUCCUGACCCGAAGCUUCCAGAAGAUGGGCUACGUGCGCAGGGACAACCACCGCCUAAUGGUGACCACCCCACCCCCUGCCUGCCAGCUGAUUCAGGUGGCCCUAGGCUGCUUUGCUCUUCGGCUGGAGUGUGAGAUCCUAAGUGAGGUGCUGACCCAGCUGGGCACAAGUGUGCUGCCAGCUGAGGAGCUGCUCCGAGCACGACGGGCUAGUGGGGAUGUUGCCUCCUGUGUGGCCUGGCUGCAACAGAGACUGGCCCAGGACGAGGAGCCACCACCCUUGCCCCCCCGGGGCACACCUGCUGCUUAUGGGCCCCCCGUGGACCUGUAUCAGGACCUGCAGGAGGAUGAGAGCUCAGAGGCCAGUCUAUAUGGUGAGCCCUCUCCAGGGCUGGACUCACCCCCUGUGGAACUGGCAUAUAGGCCACCACUCUGGGAGCAGAGUGCCAAACUAUGGGGUUCUGGGGGCCAGCCCUGGGAACCCCCAGCUGAUGAUCUACAUCGAGCCAGCAGCCCACCAUAUGGGGCUCUGGAAGAGGAGCUGGAGCCAGAACCCUCUGCUUUCUCCUUCCUCUCUCUGCGCCGUGAGCUGAGUCGGUCAGGGGACUUAGCUACCCCUGAAGCCCCUGGGAGCUCUGGGCAGGCCAGUCCCCGUCACAGGCAGGCAGAAGGAACACCAGCCUCAGGCUAUGGGCCUGUUGUGGAGCCUCUGGGCUACCAGGCACACAGCUGCUUGAGCCCUGGUAACCUGCCCACCCUCUGCUGUGACACUUGCCACCAGUUACACGCUACCCACUGCACUGCCCUAUCAGCCUGCCGCCCAAGUCAUUCCCUGCGCAUACUUCUUGGUGACAACCAGAGACGCCUGUGGGCUGCAACAAGCACAGGUGGAUACCCUGAUCUAUGACAGUCCUGGAGCCCAUCCCUAGGCCCAGUGGACCCCCAAGACAAGAGUCUGGGGAGACAGUUUCCAUGGUGCUUCUUUUGGGAAAGGGCCUAGGCCACUGGCUGCCUGGCCCUCCUAUUCCCCAGGGGAGUCCAGAACCUACAGUGGGAAGAGGGAGGGCCUUCAUGGAGUGCUCUCGCCUGGGCUCCCGCCCUCCUCCCUGACAGGCCCAUGUCUCAGUCCUGUCUACAGCAGGCCCCAUGAUGGAUCAACAAGGUCCUUCCCUCAUGUCCCUCCCAUCUUUAUGCUCAGAUGUGUUGGGUAAAGAAGUCCAGGUUGUCCAUGGUACAGUACCCAAACUCACUCCAGGAAGGACCCCACCCUUUGAGCUGUCUGAAGCUCCCUACCUGCUCCCUGCAGUCAUGGUUCAGGCUAUGUCCCUCUCUCCAUGUGCCGAGAGAUCUUCACCCAGGGGCUUGCUCAAGAGCCUGCAGGCACCUGGACUAGAUUUGGGACCACGUGAGAGGGUCUGACAGAGCCCAGCCCACUUAACUGUGGAGCACCUUGCUAACCCCUGCUGCUAGUAAGGAACCCUGCCAAAAACAGGCAGAGAGAGGAGCUGUUAGCCCUGAAAUCCUGAAGAAAUGGUUCUCAACAACCAGCUGCCUACCAGCCAAAGAGGGGGUGAGCAUAUACAGGUCACCCCUUGGGCUACUGCCAAAAAGCAGCUCACUGCCCCAUGUAACUCCUUGAAGGCACACAGAUAAUCAGGAAGAUCAGAGUUACACCCUCUUUUCCCUUGGGGUAGCCCAGGGCCCCUAAACCAGUAAUCCACAGGCUAGUGAUUAUGAAGGCCUGGGUUUUCAUCAACCACAUGGAGGCCCAGGUACAGCGAUUGCUGGCCUGCAACACUUCCUUUCCUGGUACCCCCUUGGCCAUGCCUGUUCCUUUCCCCGCUCCCAGCCCCUCAAAAGACACUGUCCAUGUUGCAUGGAUCAAAACCCCAGAGAAUAUUAAAGGAUUGUGAAACUGUC